CUCCACGCCCCUUCCACCCCCUUCGCUCCUUGACAUCCCUUCCCUCUGAAGUCUCUCGCCCCCCCCCCACGUCCUCCUCUUCGUCGAUCCUUAGACCCUCCGAAUGGCGCAUAACCUUCCUCCCCGAUCGACCAUUAAGAUCGUCGACACGUCGCCCUGGACAGUGUACCUCUCCCACUCAAGCACAGGACACGCCAGCAGCCCUAGCCCACAAGCUCCUACUCUCCUGAACAACGUCAUGAGUGCCCGCAAAAAAGUGCUGCGAAGAUCAGAUAGCAGAGAGAAGCUUCUGGAACUGCAGGGGUGAAGUGAACGCUCAUGUUGCUGAAAGCACAACCGCACGAUGCCGUACGGCGCCAAUGAUCAUCUCCUCCUGAAACGAUCGAGACAAGUUUCAAGGAUAUGUUUGUAGUUAUGUGAACCAUGUAGAUUAAUAAAGCGUGAUCAAAUGAU